GAGCGGAGUCUUGCCGACACUCCUCCGGCGCCCCACGACACCUGCCAGUGGAUUCUUCACGGUCGGCUUUUGGCAGGAAGCUUUCCAGGAGAUCGCACAGAGCCAUGGCACUCGGCGAAGGUGCGCUCGCUCAUCGACGCGGGCGUGACCACCUUCCUCUGCCUGCAAGAGACUGGGGAACUGCGGCGCUUCACGCCGUACAUGGCUCUCGCCAAGCGGCUCAAAGCUGAGAAGCUCGGGGAAGAAGAGCUCCAGGGCUCCGAGGCUGCUGCCAGCUCAGCCCUGGAUUUCUUCCAUUGCCCCACGCCGGAUUGCAGCGUCACCUCCACCGACGCCGUCUUAGCAGGGCUGAGAACCAUCGUCAGCAAGCUUCGGGAAGGCGCAACAGUCUACGUGCACUGCUGGGGCGGCCACGGCCGCACGGGCACGAUGAUCUGCGCCUUCCUGGCCGCCUGCUAUGGGCUGACUCCCGAACAGGCGCAGGAGUUCUACAACACCGGCGAGCGACGCCGCGGAGCCCGCAACGGGUACUGGCCGGCCAGUCAAGCGCAGUAUGACCAAGUCGAAGCCAUUGCCGCCCUGACCGUGCAGGACAUCUGGGCGGAGCCUCGUCUGCUUGAGCCGCUGAUGGAUUGGGACCUGGGGAGGCCGCGCCCACCAGCUGACUCUGGAGGCAGCUGGUGCGGCUGCGACAGCAUCUCCGUGGCGCCGAAGACCUGA